AAAUACACAGUCACAACAGCAGGAGUGAUCUCACCUCCUCUCCACCCCUUCUAUCUAUCGCUGCUGCCAGCCUCCAAAAAAGAGCGUAUCCAGUGAGCAGUGCUGGUGCUACAUAGACACGCUAAGGUAUAGCCUAUAACCUACACUGAGAAUUCACGGUGGAUUUCCCUGACCAGGACCACUACUGAGCCACAGAGCCGACCAUGGAAGAACUUACGGCAUUUGUGUCGAAAUCUUUCGAUCAGAAAACCAAGGAGAGCAGCAAAGAGAGUAUCACGUACAGGGAAGUUUUGGAGAGCGGCUUGACGAGGGCGAGGGAGCUGGGCAGCCCGGAGACAAACCUGCAGGACAUAACGGAGGGCAGCCACUGCCCGGUGCAUCUGUUCAAGGACCACGUCGAGCUGGAAAAGGAGAAACUGAAGGACUUUAAUGUUUCGAGGUCGACUGAGGGGAUAUACGAGUGUAAGGAGAAAAAGGAGGACGUGAAGUCGGAGGACGAGGAUGCACAGGGCAAACUGAAGCAGCGGAGGAGUCGCACUAACUUCACGUUGGAGCAACUCAACGAGCUGGAGCGGCUCUUCGACGAGACGCACUACCCGGACGCGUUCAUGAGAGAGGAGCUGAGCCAGCGGCUGGGACUGUCCGAGGCCAGGGUGCAGGUCUGGUUUCAGAACAGGAGAGCCAAAUGUCGAAAACAAGAAAACCAGAUGCACAAAGACAUCUUUCCCUUCUCUCCAGGUGUUAUUCUGGGCAGCGGCAGUCACCUUGACGCAUGCAGAGUAGCACCCUAUGUCAAUAUGGGUGCCCUCCGGAUGCCCUUCCAACAGGUCCAAGCCCAGCUUCAGUUGGACGGAGUCGCCCACUCCCACCCCCACCUGCACCCUCACCUGGCUGCUCACGCUCCCUACCUGAUGUUCCCACCUCCUCCAUUUGGACUACCAAUCGCAUCGCUCGCCGACUCGGCCUCUGCAGCAGCGGCGGUGGCAGCAGCUGCCAAAAGCAACAGCAAGAACUCAAGCAUCGCCGACCUGCGACUCAAGGCAGGACUUCUGCGGGGCCAGUGGCUCAGUCCACUCCAGGCACAGAUCACAUCCCAAGGACCGUACAAACACAUGUGGAUGUCUGUCUGAGGGCCAGGCCGGGGCCCGUCAGACCAGAAGACGUUAGAACAAAGCAAACUGGCAGGCAGCAGCAGGGCCAAAAGCAGAGCCUCGCUGACGCUGGCUGAUGCCAUAUUGACAAUGCAGAGGGUUGAGCAUGGGGGAAACAGACCCAAGCACCACCUCAACGAAGCAUUGGAACGGCUCUCACCUUUAUACCCUCCCCCACCCCACCCUCACUAGAAAAAUGAAGAAAAAAAAAACAUUAAAAAAGACCAUAUUUGUCUCCAACCACUGUGUUCCCUGCUGCUGCCAAGUGCAUGAGCUCUAAAGGAGGAACGUUCUGGGACUGGCCUCCAUCCGCACCUGACAUACACGCCCGACAACUGUUUUUAACACUGCCAUUCGACAUGCCCCCCCCCCCCCCCCCCCACACACACACACACCUACAAAGUGAAAGUUCGCCAUUACGGUUUGAUAACCUUCUUCUUAUGGACUUGUUCUACAUCAAAAGCAGCAACUCGUUUUUCCUUUGCUGCAGAGGGAAGAGAUGUUAUUCUGCGUUGCUGGGCAUGUGUUGGAGUGACUUGGUUUGCAUUACUCCUCACAGCGUGCUCUCUCUCUCUCUCUGUCUUUAUUUCUUUCUGUUUGUUGUGUUGUAUCCUGGGUAAAGAAGUGAAGAUAGCCUUUGCACUUCAGGUCUUGUAUGUGGGAGUUUACAAAUGGCACUACAAGCAGAUACUACUUUACUAAUUAAAGGGGGAGGGGGAUUUGAUAUUGUUGUGUGAUCAGCAAAAAGGACAUUAUCUUGGAUAAAGGGUAUACAUGCGUUCUUUUUUCUUUUCCUUUUUUGUAAUUCUGAAAAUAUGAAGAAAGCAUCAGUCAAACUGAAAUGCAAUGGUGUGCAGUUUAAGUGCAAUACUGUAAAUAGCAAAAAA